AUGUCAUUUGAACGUGAUGCGGAAGAUGUGAUUUGGGGUAAGAAGGACUGGAAUGAAUAUGUAAGUGAACUGAUAAGGUCCGAUUCGUUAGAUGAAAGCAUCUUAUUGGAGCGCAUUGAAGUAGUUAAAGAUGGCAUCGGGAGACAGCUCAGAAAGGCGGUAGAACAGAAUCAUUCACGUCUUGUGGAGCAAGCUGGUGCAUUGCAAGGUUUAGAUUCAGCUUGUGAAGUGAUAUCGUCGGAGAUGACUCAUUUAUAUGUUAAUGCUGAAACGUUAUCGAAGCGUUUUGCAUUCACAUACCAGCAACUUAUGUUCUACGCGCUUCAGCUGGAACGCUUAUAUGCGAUGAAUCGCACAGUUAGUGCUCUAAAUAGAUGUGAGAAGUUGUUGAAUCGUUUGAAGACGUUGAAUGAGCUUGUUCGUCGUACUGAGACUAUAUGUGAAUUACAAGAUGUCAUCCAGUCGACAGCACCUCUCGCUGAUAUACUGCAUUUGAGGGACACUUUACUCGAUACUGUACCAAGAGUUAGCAAGGAAUGCCGAAAGAGUACAAUUGAGCAGUUGAAGUCAUCACUGCAAACACUUCAUUCACCAAUGGUGCAGUGUUGCAUACGUGCGUUGCAUAAUCUGAACUGCUAUGAUGUUGAGAUGAACGCGACGCUCGAUGAAGAAUCACACAAAUUGGAUGCCGAAUUUCUGAAGUUGAGCGCUAAUCCGGGUGGUGCUGCGAAGUCGUUGCCGGCACUUGUUGGCAGUAUUCAAUCAACUCUGGAGCAAUUCUCGUUAUUAGAUGCCGAUAUCGCAACAAAGAUGAGUGAGCGCAUUGCGAAUAUCAUCAGAGUACGUCUGCCGGAGAAUGCACCCUAUGCGGCUCGUUUUCUUCAUCAGGUCACCGUCAUGCUCAAACGUACCAUCGCCACUCAGUUACAGCCAAUUCAUAAUGCACUCAAGCCACUCAAGAUCGCACUCAUCUCCCAUGCGCUCGACCGUCUCUUCGAAGUUGUUAAUAAGGCCUUUCACGACCCUCAAUCAGCCACCGUUGUUGUUGAUCAGGUGAAUGGCGCGAUUCGUGAACAAUUAUCAAGUGUAAGUUGGGAUGCUGAACUGACAAAUGAUAUGGAAUCGAGUAUUAUUAAAACGAUUGAGCUUUGUGCUAUAAAGAUCGAAAAUAUGCUCAUACUUGACGAUGACGCUCUUCAAAUUAGUGCCAAUAUCAGUGCCGUUCAGCUACUCAAUUACACUCUUCUGAACGUAGCACAUCUACUGACUGUCUCAUGGCGUCGCUAUUCAGCACCGUUAUCACGUGUGAUGGGUGCAGCGCAUGAUGCAAUCUUGAACGUUGCCAAGAGAUCAGUUUGUACGAUACUUCUGUCACUUCACGACGAACCCCUAGCUUCAACUGUUCAGCCGUCACCGUACGCUCGUGAAUUGGUUCAGUAUCUGCUGAGUGCCACUUUAGUGAGACCCAUUGAUGAUGAGAAGUCGAAUAUUUUGUCUAGAGAUUUACUACAUAUUGCUGAAACCUUAAAAGAAUUCGGUGAGGACGAGUUGAUGUUGGACGAUAUAAAUAAUGUUGCAAAUGCACUGUUAUUACCAGCCGAACAGCUGGUGAACAGCCCGCAUUUGCCAUUCUGGGCUGUUGUGCAGCUAUUGAUAUGUCAGUGUGAGUCAUCUAUCCUAUCGCCACCAGAAUCUACAAAUUGGACUAAAUUGGAGUAUGUGAAAUGGUUCAUGACUCAUACAGACGUUGAACGUCGUGACUUCUUGAAAUCACUGAUGGACUUUUAUACGAGAUCGGUGCUUUCGAAUAAUCGUACUGAAUUCGUUCGCAAUUAUCACUUUAUAUUGCACGUUUUGAAUGUACAACCUCUGGAUAAAUAG